AUAAAAGGCAGGAAAGCAUACCCAUUUCAAGACACCUUCAUUUUUCUUUCUUCUAGAAAAAUUCUGAAUCAGUUGUCUAACCUCAAGAAAAUGCAGGCUCCUACUGCUUACAAUGAACAGAUGUUGGUGAACUACGUGCCAAUUUAUGUAAUGCUACCUUUGGGAGUUGUUACAGCUGAUAAUGAAUUCAAAGAUAAAGAUGCACUAGGAAAGCAGCUCAACGAGCUCAGAGCAGCUGGAGUUGACGGAGUUAUGGUAGAUGUGUGGUGGGGGAUCGUAGAGGGGAAGGGCCCGGAGCAGUAUGAUUGGAGUGCUUAUAAGAGCUUGUUUGAACUCAUUCAACAAUGUGACUUAAAAAUACAAGCUAUAAUGUCAUUCCAUCAAUGCGGUGGGAAUAUAGGGGAUGCUGUUUUUAUCCCUAUUCCCCAAUGGGUGCGAGAUGUUGGAGAAUAUGAUCCUGAUAUCUUUUAUACCAACAGGGCAGGCACCAGAAACAAGGAAUAUCUCACCAUCGGUGUGGAUCACAGGCCUCUCUUCGAAGGAAGAACUGCAGUUCAAAUGUAUAGUGACUACAUGAAGAGCUUUAGGGAGAACAUGUCAGAUUUCUUAGAAGCUGGGGCGAUAAUAGACAUUGAAGUAGGGCUUGGUCCAGCAGGAGAGCUAAGAUAUCCCUCUUAUCCACAAACUCAAGGCUGGGUGUUUCCUGGAAUAGGAGAAUUUAUUUGCUAUGACAAAUAUCUCAAAGCAGAAUUCAAAGAAGCAGCAACAAUUGCAGGCCACCCUGACUGGGAGUUGCCUGAUGAUGCAGGGGAAUACAAUGACACGCCUGAAAAAACAGGGUUCUUUCAAACAAAUGGAACGUACCUUACUGAACAAGGAAAAUUCUUCUUGACUUGGUAUUCCAAUAGAUUACUGAUCCAUGGAGAUGAUAUCCUUGAAGAAGCCAACAAAGCUUUCCUGGGCUGUAAAGUCAAAUUAGCAGCUAAGGUAUCUGGAAUACAUUGGUGGUACAAAGUUGACAAUCACGCUGCAGAGCUUACUGCAGGAUAUUAUAACUUGUGUGAAAGAGAUGGAUACAGACCCAUUGCAAGGAUGAUAUCAAGGCAUCAUGCAAUUUUGAAUUUCACGUGCCUUGAGAUGAAGGACACAGAACAACCUGACAAUGCGAAAAGUGGACCUCAGGAACUUGUUCAGCAGGUUUUGAGUGGGGGUUGGAGAGAGAACAUUGAGGUUGCAGGAGAGAAUGCACUUUCAAGAUAUGAUGCAACAGCUUACAAUCAAAUGCUAUUAAAUGUUAGGCCUCAUGGCGUCAACAAGAACGGCCUACCAAAAUUGAGGAUGUAUGGGCUGACAUACCUGCGCUUAUCAGAUGAUCUAUUACAAGAAAACAAUUUUAAGAUAUUCAAGACGUUUGUGAAGAAAAUGCAUGCUGACCAGGAUUACUGUCCAGACCCGCAAAAGUACAACCAGGAAAUAGGUCCAUUGGAACAAUCAAAACCAAAGAUUCCAAUUGAAGUUCUUCUUGAAGCAAGCAAGCCAAUGGCACCCUUCCCCUGGGAUAAAGAGACAGAUAUGAGAGUUGAUUCUUCUAGUGCUGGUCUACUUGCUGGUUUGUUUAACAGGAUCAAAUCCCUAUUCUUCAAGUGAAAAUUGUAUCCAUUGGGGGAAAGAGAAUGUUAAUGCUAACAACAUGCUCUUCUAGGGCUGUGUUACAACCUUUUAUGAUAUCUGCUGUUGAAUAAAAGAAUCUCCAUUAUCGGUAUCUCACCAGAUGUGCAAUUGGCUUUUGAUUA